UGCUGGGUGUCUAAUUUCUUUUCUUUUUAGUAAUUUUCUCGUUAUUUUUUUUGAGGUAGAGGAAAAGAGGAGAAAUCCUUUCCUCUCCUUUUCUUUUCGUUCGCAACCUCCUUUUGUUCUCUCUUCCCUUGAUCAUUAACCAGCAAUCCAUGGCAUCACCGUCACUGCGUCACCGCCGCGUUGGCGGAGGCGCUCUUCUUUGUCUGUUGCUGAUUGGUCUUUCAUUCACCGCCGCUGCUGACGAUGCCUCCCUUGACGACGAUUCCUCCCCCAGUUCUCCUUCCUGCGACAAUCCCUACAAAUUGGUCAAGAUUAAGAACUGGGUCAAUGGAAUUGAAGGUGAAGCUUUUGCUGGGUUAAGUGCAAGAUUUGGGACUAUAUUACCUUCUCAGGAUAAACAAAGUCAGAGAUUAUCUGCAGUUCUCUCAAAUCCAUUAAAUGGCUGCUCAAGUUCCUCUUCAAAAGUAAAGAUAUCUGGCUCUAUUGCGUUGGCCUUACGUGGUAAUUGUGCCUUCACAACUAAAGCAGAAGUUGCACAAGCAGAAGGUGCUGCGGCCCUGGUUGUAAUAAAUGACAAAGAAGAUCUUUACAAGAUGGUCUGUUCUGAAAAUGAUACUGCACUAAAUAUAUCGAUUCCUGUGGUGAUGAUUACAAAGUCUGCAGGAGAAGAUCUUAACCGAUCCUUUUCCGAUGGACAGAGAGUGGAACUUUUACUAUAUGCACCAAAUCGACCAGUUGUGGACUACUCAGUGGUCUUUUUAUGGUCGAUGGCUGUUGGGACAAUUUUGUGUGCUUCGCUUUGGUCUGAGUUUAUUGCUCCUGAUCGGUCUGAAGAGCGGUAUAAUGAAUUAUCACCAAAGGUAUCUUCCGGUGCUGAAGCAGUCAGGGAUGAUGAGUCUGACAAGGAAGUUCUUGAUAUUAAUGCUAAGAGUGCUGUAUUCUUUGUCAUUACAGCGUCUACUUUUCUGGUGCUUCUGUACUUCUUUAUGUCAUCUUGGUUUGUCUGGCUGCUGAUUGUACUCUUCUGUAUUGGCGGUGUUGAGGGAAUGCACAACUGUGUAGUAGGUCUGUUUUCAAGAAUGUGCAGAAACUGUGAGCAGAAGACAGUAAAAUUGCCUAUUUUUGGGGAGACCACUAUUCUCUCACUUGUUGUGUUACUUUUCUGUUUGGCAUUUGCCGUUAUUUGGGCUGCAAAUCGGCAGGCAUCUUAUUCAUGGGUUGGUCAAGACAUUCUUGGUAUCUGUUUGAUGAUCACAGUCUUGCAGAUUGCUCGAAUACCCAAUAUCAAGGUUGCUACUGUACUUCUGUGUUGUGCAUUUGUUUAUGACAUCUUUUGGGUCUUCCUUUCGCCAUUAAUAUUCCGAGAGAGUGUUAUGAUUGCGGUUGCUCGUGGUGACAACAGUGGCGGGGAGUCUAUUCCCAUGCUAUUGAGAAUUCCCCGAAUUUUUGAUCCUUGGGGUGGUUAUGAUAUGAUUGGAUUUGGGGAUAUUCUCUUUCCUGGUUUGCUUAUUUCAUUCUCCUUUAGAUAUGAUAAAGCGAAUAAGAAGGGCGUAGCAAAUGGAUACUUUCUUUGGUUGAUGAUUGGCUAUGGAUUGGGCCUUUUCCUUACGUACUUGGGCUUAUAUCUAAUGGAUGGGCAUGGUCAACCUGCACUACUCUAUCUUGUUCCUUGUACACUAGGUGUCAUUGUCUUGUUGGGUUUGGUAAGAGGAGAGCUCAAAGACCUCUGGAGUUAUGACUCCAAAGCGCUCUCGUUGGGGCAUCCUUCUGGAGAACCUUGAAGUAUUAAACCAAUCUAUUCUGUUCUUGUGAAACUUGAUGGAUGUUGGCGGAUCCGUAAGAAUGUUACAGAACCUGAAAACUUAACAGCAUAAGCUGGUUAAUAGUAGCUCUGUUGUUCGUAUUGUGUUGUGUAUAAUAAUGUAGUUGUAAACUAAUGGCGCUGUUUAAUCUUGACUCGUUGUAUUCAAAAUUGUGUAUCUUCCGUGGGUCAAAAUUUUCCCCGCUAACAACUCUUGUAAUAUCUUGAAAUAUUUCAUGAAGAUUUUGAUUUUCCAUUC